AUGUUUGGACACAACCUUAUAUUAAUUGUGCGCCCAGGAGCAGGGCACCAAGGUGCAAAGAUGAAUCCAACAAUCGAGAAAUUGGAGGAAUCAGUCAAGGUGGCGUGGGGCAAUGUCGCCCUGUGGAAACACAGAUACAUAAAGGAAUGCAGGAAACGUGAGGCCCUUGAGGAGAAACUGAAAGCUCUCGUCACUUUGGGGCGUCAGGAGGGAUCCUCAUCUUACGUGGAUGAGUGCCUCAACCUAAAGAAGUACACUUUUGUCGCCUUGGAGAUCUGCUCACUGAAGGACGCAGAAAUCAACGCGUUGAGGAGGAAGGUGGGCGUUCUUAUGAAGGACACCAACGAGCUUGUCAGACUAAUGUCCGCACACACUCGAAAGAGAGCCAACGCAAAGAUUGUGCAGCUCCUCAAGUGCCAACUAGACUUGGAACUGGUAAUUAAGGCCAAUCGGAUGAUGCACCCUUACUUUGAUAAAAGACUUCGAUUAAUUGAGAAUCUUCCAUUGGUACCAGGAGAAAUCAACCCUCCAACUACAAAAUGA